ACCAAUCAGAGGCAACUCCUUGGCUCCACCAGGAAGUAAGCGCUAAACUACAUUACAGGACAGUGGCAAUUUGCAAGCUGUGAAGUGCAGCUCCUGGCAACACGAAAUAGGACAAAAAGAAAGAAUGUCCUUAACGGUUUUGACGUCCACACACAGACUGAGGUCCCUCUGCAGACUGCGGCGAAUCCAGGGUCACAUGAUGUCCAGUCACAUGGAGCCAGAGAUUCUCCUGGAGAAGACAGGCAGAAUUGGCGUCAUCACCUUGAACAGACCAAAAGUCCUGAAUGCCCUCAACUUAGCCAUGAUACGACAGAUCUACCCUCAGCUUAAGAAAUGGGAAAAUGACAAUGAAACUGACAUAAUCAUUAUCAAAGGAGCUGGUGGGAAGGCCUUUUGUGCUGGAGGAGACAUCAGAGCUGUCACAGAAGCAGGAAAGGUUGGUGGCUCUCUUGCUCAGGACUUUUUUCGUGAGGAAUACAUUCUCAACAAUGCCAUAGGAACAUGCAGGAAGCCGUAUAUUGCCCUUAUUAAUGGAAUAACAAUGGGAGGGGGUGUAGGUCUGUCAGUUCAUGGACGAUUUCGAGUGGCCACUGAGAAGACAAUGUUUGCCAUGCCAGAGACUGCCAUCGGGCUUUUCCCUGACGUGGGAGGUGGCUAUUUUCUGCCCAGGCUCCGGGGCAGGUUGGGACUGUUUCUGGCGUUGACAGGCUUCCGUCUCAAGGGGCGUGACGUGCAGAGAGCGGGAGUCGCUACUCACUUUGUAGAGUCUAAGAAGAUUCCAGAUCUGGAGGAAGAGCUGGUGGCAUUAAAGUCUCCCUCUGUUGACAACAUCUCCAGAGUUCUGGACUUGUACCAGAACCAGAGCAGUCUGGAUUCUGAGAAGCCUUUUGUGUUGGACAAACAGUUGUCUGAUAUUGACAGGCUGUUCAGCUCCAGCAGCAUGGAGGGAAUAAUGCAGAACCUGGAGGCAGAUGGCACAGAGUUCGCUAAGAAACAAGCCGAGAUAUUGGCUAAAAUGUCUCCCACAUCCCUGAAGAUCACCUACAGGCAGCUACAGACAGGUGCUUCCCUGAGCCUGCAGGACGUGCUGGUGAUGGAGUAUCGACUGAGCCAGGCCUGCAUGAGGGGCUGUGACUUCUAUGAGGGUGUAAGAGCUGUGCUUAUUGACAGGGACCAGAACCCCAGGUGGAACCCGUCAACCCUGGGGGAGGUGUCUGAUGAGAGCGUGGAUCAGUGCUUCUCCUCUCUGGGAGAGAAGGAUCUGACUUUCUGAGGGACACUGGUCAUCUGCAGCUGAGGACAAUGUUCUCAGCCCGGAAUGGAACUAGCAAACAAUCUGCUCUGCAGUAGAAGUAGAUUCCUGCCUACAGCAGUGAUUAACCGCACUAGAGGAGAUCCGUUUGCUUCAUCAAACAUCCUGUGGGCGUCUGUUGAUCUAAGAGCAAGAUCCGUAUAUUUAUGUGGUGUGGUCACUUGGUGACAUGGUGCCUGUUUCAUAGUCUUCAUCUAUUCUUUUUUUUGGUUUUCUGCAUAUUCAAAAUUCCAACAGCACUCCACUAUGCAGUACCUGCCCUGCUGCAUCCGAGUGUGAGAUUAGUGUAGCGUGUUUUUGUAUCAGCUGCCCUUCUUCCGAAUCAAACGACCUGAACAUUGUUUUUCAGAUGACAAUAAACAGUUAUGUGAUGUCAAA